UUGAAAAUCAGAGGUCAGCUCAAUGUAAGAUGGUUAAUUCCUUUUUACUAGCGCCGCGAUCCAGUAAUGCAAUUAUAGUCCUUUGUACAGUGACGUCGUAAGAUGUUGCUGUUAUCUUUUACUUCUAAAUAUGGCCCGUUAACAAAAACCGCCCUUUCUUUCUUUACUGGGUUAGUCUCAUUGUCUCAUCCUCUUAAAUUUUGCUGUGAUCAACAUAAUCGGUUUGAACUUCAUGGAUCUAACUCUGGUAUCCUCUGAAGAAAAACCUUUUGCCAUGUGAAUUGUGUAUAAGUAUCCUCCUCUGUUUUCUUCUAGUACUUUUAAUGGUCUUAUUCUUCAUAUUGAAAUCUUUAACCUACCUCAAUUAUAUUUUAGUGUAAGGACGGAAUUAAGGCCCUUUUUUUCCUCUCUCGUAGUUGUUAGUCAUUGUCCCCAUCAUCAUUUGCUGAAUUCUGUUUUUCCCUACUGAUGGCAAGUACUGUAUUUAUCUGAGGCCCUAAUUCUUAUAUAUUCUUGGGACUUUUUCUGAAUUAAUGUUUAGCAAUCUCUGGCUUCCUGUACUGAUACCAUGCUGGUCUUAUUACUUUAGCUUUAUAAUGUGUUUUAGUGUCUAGUGAUUCACACAGUGCCUAAAUAUUUUUGGAAUGGACACAUUUAGUGAGGGUAAAAGAAUGUCAUGUUUCAACAUUUGUACCUGAAAUCAGAGUGUAAUUGUCAGGCCACAUGGAUGAGUGCCAACCUUUGCACAUCUGAACAUCCUUCAAAGAGUUCACGCGUCUUACCGAGGACACCUGACCUUUUGAAGCUUCCUAAUUCGCACCUAGAUGCCACCAGUCUUUCCCAUGUUAACAGUUCUGACUAUGUUUUAUUAUAUGUGCCUUCGGCGCCGAGCCAGGACAGCUACAAGAGGAGAAAUGAUGAACAGCCAUAGAACUAUAGAAGCAAACAGCCGGACUUCCCCUCUCAAUGCAGAGGUGGUCCAGUAUGCCAAAGAAGUAGUGGAUUUCAGCUCCCAUUAUGGGAGUGAGAAUAGCAUGUCCUAUACCAUGUGGAACUUAGCAGGUGUACCAAAUGUAUUCCCGAGUUCUGGUGACUUCACUCAGACAGCUGUGUUUCGAACUUACGGAACAUGGUGGGAUCAGUGUCCCAGUGCUCCUGUGCCAUUUAAGAGGACGCCGCCUAAUUUCCAGAGCCAAGACUAUGUGGAACUUGCUUUUGAACAACAGGUGUAUCCUACAGCCGUUCACGUUCUGGAAACCUAUCAUCCUGGAGCAGUCAUUAGAAUUCUAGCUUGUUCUGCAAAUCCCUAUUCCCCAAGUCCACCAGCUGAAGUCAGAUGGGAGAUUCUUUGGUCAGAGAAACCUACGAAGGUGAAUGCUUCCCAGGCUCGCCAGUUUAAACCUUGUAUUAAGCAGAUAAAUUUUCCCACAAAUCUUAUACGGCUGGAAGUAAAUAGUUCUCUUCUGGAUUAUUACACUGAAUUAGAUGCAGUUGUAUUACAUGGUACAAAGGACAAGCCAGUGCUUUCUCUCAAGACUUCACUUAUUGAUAUGAAUGAUCUAGAAGAUGACUAUGAAGAAAAGAAUGGAUGUGGAAUGGACAAUCUGAACAAAAAGUUUAGCAGUAUUGCCCUCAGGGAAGGGACAAGUAAUGGAUAUUUUGAUAAACUACCUUAUGAGCUCAUUCAACUGAUUCUGAAUCAUCUGACACUACCAGACCUGUGUAGAUUAGCACAGACUUGCAAACUACUGAACCAGCAUUGCUGUGAUCCUCUGCAGUACAUCCACCUCAAUCUGCAACCAUACUGGGCAAAACUAAAUGACAGCUCUCUGGAAUUUCUGCAGCCCCGCUGUACUCUCGUCCAGUGGCUUAAUUUAUCUUGGACUGGCAAUAGGGGCUUCAUCUCUGUUUCAGGAUUUAGCAGGUUUCUGAAGGUCUGUGGAUCUGAAUUAGUGCGUCUUGAAUUAUCUUGCAGCCACUUCCUUAAUGAAACUUGCUUGGAGAUUAUUUCUGAGAUGUGUCUAAAUCUACAGGACUUAAAUCUCUCAUCCUGUGAUAAACUACCACCUCAAGCUUUCAACCACAUUGCCAAAUUAUGUGGCCUUAAACGACUCGUUCUCUAUCGAACAAAAGUAGAGCAAACAGCCCUGCUCAGCGUUUUGAACUUCUGUUCAGAGCUUCAGCACCUCAGUUUGGGUAGUUGUGUCAUGAUUGAAGACUAUGACGUGAUAGCUAGCAUGAUAGGAGCCAAGUGUAAAAAACUCCGGACUCUGGAUCUGUGGAGAUGUAAGAACAUUACUGAGAACGGGAUAGCAGAGCUGGCUGCUGGGUGUCCACUUCUGGAGGAACUUGACCUCGGAUGGUGCCCUACUUUGCAGAGCAGCACCGGCUGCUUUGCCAAACUGGCACGCCAGCUUCCAAACUUGCAGAAACUCUUUCUAACAGCUAACAGGUCUGUGUGCGACACAGACAUUGAAGAACUAGCAUGUAAUUGUACCAGAUUACGCCAACUGGACAUAUUAGGAACAAGAAUGGUAAGUCCAGCAUCUUUAAGAAAACUCCUGGAAUCUUGUAAAGAUCUUUCCUUACUUGAUGUGUCCUUCUGUUCACAGAUUGAUAAUAGAGCUGUGCUAGAACUCAAUGUGAGCUUUCCAAAAGUGUUUAUAAAAAAGAGCUUUACUCAGUGACUUCAUAUAUGUCUUAUAAUAAAAUUAAUGUGCUUUUGUAGGGUUUUGUUUUGGGGUUGGUUUUGUUUAAUUUUUAUAAUGGUGGGAAUAUCUUAAAACAUUUGUGGAUUUUAAAGAAAAAUAUGGAACUGUCCAUUAAAUCAUUAAAUCAGUGAUUUAAACAAAUGUUUUCACAAAAUAUUGUAAGCACUUUCCUUCAAGAAUAUGUGAGUGGCUCAUAUUAUUUUUGUCUUAUGUUAA